CCCACUCCCAGGAGCCCCAGCGUGGGUCUCUGCGCCUCACAGUUCCUGCCCCUGGGGCCACCACCGCCCAUGGAGAGUAAAGAGGACGGCAGCGACUCGGACAGCGGGAUCAUGCUGCACUCAGGCCCGGACAGCCCCGUGUCUCCACUGAAGGACCUGACCCAGGCGGUGCGCAAGCAGCAGCAGGAGCUGGCAGCGCGGCUGGAGGCCUGUCUGGCGGAGCUGAGGAAGCUGUGUCUGCGCGAGGCGGAGCUCACGGGCAUGCUGCCACAGGAGUACCCCCUGAAGCAGGGGGACAGGCCCCCCAAGGUGCGGCGGAGGAUCGGCACCGCAUUCAAACUGGACGAGAAGACAAUCAUCUCGCAAGGAGUGGACCCGCUGAGCACGCUGGAGAGAGACCUGGCCCUGCAGCUGCAGAUCGCCGCGGCCACACAUCGCCUCUACCGGGAAGAGAACAUCAGCAAGCACAUCAAGAAGCGGCGGAAGAACAUGGUGCUGAAGGAGGAGAAGAAGCUGAAGGAGCUGGAGAAUGCCCUCAAUGAGUGUCGCUUGACAGCCAAGCAGGAGCCCAGGGCCAGCAUCACAGCCCUCGGGGAGCUGAGUGCCUCGGAUGACAGCUCCCUCUCGGAUGCCAUCCUGCUGGAGGAGGAAGAAAUCCAGGCUCCGAAUCAUUGUGCUGCCCAGCAGCUCACGGUGCCAGUCCAGCCCGGCACGCCGCACAGCUCCCCGGACCUGCCCACCCGCUGUGCCCCUCCCCAGCAGCGUGAGGGGCUGCCACCCACGCAGAGCGAAGUCCUGGAGCUGGAGCGCUCGCCCAUCCAGAACAGCCCCUGGAAGGAGACCAGCCUCGACAGGCCCUACGAGAAGCCCAGGAAGCACUCGGCUGAGUCCUGCAGUCUGCCAAGCAGCCCAGCCGGGACACCCGUGCCAGCGCCUGCCCGCAGCCCAGCCGCUCAGAGGACAGCUGAGACGCCCCGCUACCACUUUGUCCCCAUCCAGACCUUGGCCUUGUGGAGGCAGGCUGGCUCCAGUGGGCCGCCGACCCCAGAGAUGCAGGCGAGGAGAGGGCAAUCCCAGUCCAUGAGGGUGGAUGUGUCCCGGGACCGAGCGGAGCUUCGGGGGAGGAGCGUGCUGCCAAGACGACGCCCCACCUACUACACGGUCACCGUCCCCAACUACUGCUUCCCUCCAUCCAAACCUGGCCUGGCCUCCCACUCCAUCUACCACUCCAGUUCCGAGGACAGCAACUCGGACGUCUCCAGCAUCACAUACGCCCCGUCGCCUGGCAGCAGCAGCCCUGACAUCUCCUUCCUGAGGCCGGUGCCCCCGCCGUCCACAGAGCAGCCCUCACCGGUGUUGAGGGGCCCGCGCUCCGCAGCCGAGGCAGCGUACUAUUACCAGACCCCCCAGAAGCGGCUGCUGCCUCCCAGUUACUUCCCGACUGUGGAGUAUGUGGCUGGGCGGGAGCUCUGCCAGGGCUACCCCUCCCUGCGGCCUGGCAGCCCAGCUCCGUUCCCCUACGAGCAGGACGUGGUGCAGCUGCGCUGCCACUGGCUGGGCCCGGCCCCCAGCCGGCUCAUGCGCACCCCGUCCCUCAAGGACUACGCCCCGGGCAGCGGCAGGGCCCUCGCCAAGUCAGCCGUGUCGGAGGAGCUGAAGUCGUGGCAUGAGCGCACCAAGCUGCGGAACUUGCGGCCCCACUCGCUGGACAGGCAGGGGGCCUUCCGCGUGCGGAACGCGCCGGGCAGGGAGCUGUACGCCUCGCGCUCCGCCGGGCAGCAGGCUCAGGUGUGUCAGAUCCACGUCCUGAAGCGGUCCCCCGAGGGAGCUCCUGUGCAGGUCUACGUGCCAGAGAACGGGGAGGUCGUCACUCAGGUCUAGAGUCUGGGCCUGCUGCCAAGCCCUCGCCAAGAGAGCCCCGUGCCCAGCUGGUGAGAAGAGGCAGC